AUGGAUAUUAGCGGAGACCAAGUGAAGAAGACUCCGAAGGUUGUUGUUGUCCCUCCGUCAAGCAGGUCAGCGACCCAUGGCUGCUCGAGACCCCCUGAGGCCCAAUUCGCAGACCCGGCAACAGGUGCACCAAUUCACGGCAAAAUGCCUCCUAAAGGCAACUCUGGUCCAAUAGAAGCUACGAGUGGAGCGUCCAAGUUGCUAGACCCAGCAGACAUCGAAGAUGUAUUUGAGAGGCAGGACAGCCGCAUGCCGGAUAUAUGCGAAGACGAACAAAAAAAUUCGAAUUCGAAAUGA